CUUCACUAGAAGUGUCGUAAAGGUACCCAGGUGUUUGUGAAUUGCACGAAUUUUUGUCUUCGUUUCACUCUAUAAUGGACGAGUUUCAGGUGCCUUGAGGUAUGUAGAGAACUUGCAUUAAAUCUGGUAACUAAAGGUCUGGACUAAUGAUGGAUUUGCUGUUUUAUGUGAUUAUAAUAGUUGUGGUCAUCUUAAAACUUAUCUUCUGGAUAUUUUACUUCUAUGCAAGAAAUCGAAGACGACUUAUUGCUCAAGCAUUAAGGCAACAUAGUCAACAACAGAUUCCUCAGGGCCGCCAGUAUGAAGAAGAGCCUGCAGUUCCUCAGCCAGCUUAUGUUUUCACUGAGUACCCAUUUGGUGUCAAUGGUGUACCAGCAAACCUUCAAAAUCCUCCCGUGUAUUCAGUUGAGGAUCCUGUUAAAUUAGAUGAACCUCCACCUCCCUAUAUAAAUGAUGAUGACACAGGAGGACUCAUAGAGAACCAGGAGAACUGAAGUUUUCAUAGAGCUUGUACAUAUGCAUCAUAUGCAAUUUUACCUUCAGACCAGUUUUAGACUGUAAAUUAAAGGCACUUACCUGCUGUGGUCUCAGAUUAGGGUAGUAUCCAAGUCCAUGGCUGCAAAGACAUACAUCCAUUAACCAUAGAUAUUAGUAGCUAUAAAAAGACAGCUUCUGUUUAAGGAGAAGCAUUAGUGAGUGUUAGGGCUAGACGUUUCUUGCAUUGCCAUGAACAUAAAAAAAUACAGAGACAAAGAGAGUUAUUAUAAAUCUACCAGUAGCUUAUCAAAAAUGUUGCAAUCUGAUUGGCUAUGCCACUCUCUGUCUAUCCAGUGAUAGUUAAUGAAAUGAUCAGCCUAGCAGCACAAUGUGUGGUUGUAAGCAUAUUGGAGUCAACACUUGUUGCCAACAAGUUAAUAAUGUUAUCUCAAUUUUUAUGAGUCAUCUUUAAGGAGAGCUUUUCCCUCAUCAACUAUCACAGGAUAGAAAUCUCAAGCUCACAGCAUAGUUAUUAAUUAGUAUUUGUCAAAUUAUUUCCUAUGAUAAAUAUGGAGCUUUUUUACCCUUAAAGAGUUUUCUUGGUUUUACUUUGAGUUCUGAUUGGCCACUGAUAAUUUUUCAGUUGUUCUGAUUGGCGAUAACUUUGGUUUGGUUCUUUGACACUCAGUUAAAGAGUGCUCAAGAGAGAGGUAGAGGUAGAAAUAUGGUUGAUCUUAUGAUUAGAAUAUGAUGACAUUUGGCUGGUUCCAUCAUUUGCCAACCAUUUUAUAUGGUCAAAAUGAUACUUUUGUUCUUUCCCAAGAUUGGGUACUUAUUGAAAAGCAAAGUGCUUCAUGUCAUUGUUUGGGUUUACAUUAUGGAUUAGCUGCUAGAAAGGUUUAACAAAAUAAAUGACAUAUAUGGAAUGGAUCUACCAAUAUCUUAAACUUUUGCUAGACAAAUUCUUAGUUCUCUUGCUGUAUGUACAUUUUGCUUCAUUCGCCAUGUCCAUGACUAUGCUUUGAUAUAAAAGUAUCACUAUUUUUUUGGUGGUCCAUGUAUAGCUCUUUUCUGGAAGUGCUGAAACAGGUUUCUGGCCCUCAAUUAAAAAAAAAUUACUGUUAUCACUUAGAUAAAAAUGACCUACAGGUGUAGGAUAAUGAAUUCCAUCUCUGUUUGUAGUUGUCUUUGUUAUUAUUGGUUCUAGGUGCAGGUUCGCUCACAUGAAUUUAGCUGGAAUUCUUUUUAAUUUUUUCAUAGUUUGUUUGCAUAUUAAAGGUCAAUUUACCUCUGUAUUUUAACUGUAAAUUUUUUAUCACCUAAAAUAGGGGAUUGUAAUGUUUGUCUUUCCCUAUUUACGCACACACAUGUAGUCUCAAAGAAAUGUAAAAAAGAAAAUAAUUUUCAAUUAAUAUUAUCCUUACUUGUUUUAAAAUUUUUGAUGCAGUGUGCAAUAGGUGUAUGUUUAAAUUAGACCGUAUUUGAGAUGAAAGAUUUAGUGC